AUGGGUCGAAGCUUUUUUCCCCUGUCCGUGGUCGUGGCCGUGUUGUCAGUGUCUGUAGCACUCGCCAAGAGGACCUGCAGUCUCCACGCACAGCUUGCCGCCGUGCUGUCUCCCGAGGCUGAGCUGUUUGUUCCCUCAGACUCGGACUAUGGCAACGCCAGCAUUCGUUGGUCCAACUUUGACGAGCCCACCUUCCAGGCAUACCCUCGCCUUCCUUGCGGCCACGGCUGGACCUCCAAGCUCAGAGGUGUGCAGGGCGGCAUCGGAAUAUCGACUGUCAAGCUGAACGCGACAGAGAUCAGCGAGGACGGCAAAACGGCCCGGCUGGGCGGCGGCAUCAAGAGCGGUGCAGCACUCAAGGGGGCUGGCCAGAACUUUGGCAUCGUCACCGAGCUUACCUACAAGAUCUACGAUGCCCCUGCCGAGGACAGUUGGAUCGUCAAGACGUUCAUAUACUCGCCCGACAAGAUUGCCGACUUUUACACGCAGAUGAACGACUUCACUGGCAACGGCACCGACUGGGAAGCCCAGCCGGCCGGCCUUCUCCUGGCCUCCCUCUAUAUCAUGGAGACGAGCGUCAACCCGGACGCGCCGGUGCUUGUCUUGCUCAUGGUCUACGACGGCACCGAGGAGGGGUUGGAGUCGAUGGCCGCCCGGUUCCAUGCCGUGGGCCCUGUGUACAAUUUUACGGAGACGGUGUCCUAUAGCGAAACAUCGCCUCCUCGAGUACGGCUGUCGCCCAUCGGGACCAGGGCAUUAUUGUGUAAGCUUCAGAACGUGCUUUCUGACAUUGUGAGAGAGGCCGUCCCGAACACUGUUUCUAGGCUCUUCUCGGGAAUUUACUGGGACGCCGAGCACGACGCGGCAACGAAGCAGGCCGGAGAGAAGGUCCGGAGCCUGCUCUACAACGGCACCGGCAGCUCAGACCUCAACGUCUAUGUCGGCUAUGCCAAUGGAGACGAGACCGCCCAGCAGCUCUUCGGAAGCGACCGCUCCAAGCUCGAAAAGCUGGUGCAGCUGAAAAAGCGCUACGACCCGCUGGAGCGCUUCAGGUUCUAUGCUCCGCUUACGCAGUAG